CUUGUUAUGUCAUGUGACUUGAUAAGCCAGUUUACUUUGUGUGUCCUUGGACUUCCCGACAUUAGCAAACUCGAUUCAAGACUGCUCUGUGUUUACAGUAAAACUGGGUCUUCUGGCGCCAAACAUGUCUGUUAAACAUGUUAUUGGCCGUGGGCUGGAGCUGGGACGCUCGGUACUGCAGCUCGGGCUUCUGAAACCAGCGGCACGCGUUGCAGCGUUCCGAGGAGACCGACUCAGGCUAGGCCAACCCUCCAGUCGAGUACAGUCUCAGACUUUCCUGCCGGGUCGUUAUCGGUAUUACAGAGUGUCUCUCAGCGGGCUUGCGGCUCAGCUGCACCGGCGGGUCUUCUGGAGGAUUCCCGGUUCGGGCGCCCCCAGGAACAGAGCUGUGUUUUUGGCUUUCGGGGUAGGCUUGGGUCUUAUUGAACAACAGCUGGAAGAAGACAGACAGGUCGCCGCGACAUGUCAGGACAUUCAGGCACUUUUCUAUAGCAAAGCAAAGAAACAUGAAAGCCCACUAAAGUCCUUCACCACCGGCUACAAACUGGAGGAUUACUUGAUUGAACAGCUGAUUGGGAAAGGCUGUAACGCUGCAGUGUAUGAGGCUGCUGCUCCAUUCGCUUCCCCCUGGAAACCUGAGCAAGCCUCCCAUGUGCAGUCACCCCCCAGGGGGGAAGUGUUCCUGGACACCGGCCUCCCUCUGACAAGCCAUCCAGCUCGGCUCCCGCUGGCUGUGAAAAUGAUGUGGAAUAUCAGGGCAGGGUCUUCCAGUGAGUCUAUCCUGAGAGCCAUGGGUCAGGAAUUGGUUCCAGCUCCUCCCCUUGCUAUGAAUAGAGAGAGAGGAACAGCUGCACUAAAUGGGCAAUUUGGCUGCACCAGGAAGAAGCUGGAGCCUCAUCCCAAUGUAAUCCAGGUUUUCCGAGCUUUUACUGCGGAUGUGCCUCUGCUGCCUGGUGCCUUUGCUGAUUAUCCUGAUGUGCUGCCUGCCAGAAUCAAUCCAGCUGGCAUCGGACACAACCGCACUCUGUUCUUAGUAAUGAAGAACUACCCCUGCACUCUGUGGCAGUCCCUGCAAGUUUCCCUUCCUGAUAACAGGGAGGCGAUUCUGCUGAUUCUGCAGCUGCUAGAAGGAGUGGAUCAUCUAAACAGACAAGGAAUCGCUCACAGAGACCUGAAAUCUGACAACAUCCUGCUGGAGCAUGAGUCAGUUGGCAGCCCAUGCCUGGUGAUCACAGAUUUUGGCUGCUGUCUGGCUGAGCAGCACUUGUGGUUGAAGCUGCCCUUUAAUAGCUGCUGUGUCGAUAGGGGUGGAAAUGCUUGCCUCAUGGCACCUGAAGUUGCAUCUGCAGUCCCAGGUCCUGGUGUUGUCAUUGACUACAGCAAGGCAGACGUCUGGGCAGUGGGUGCUAUUGCCUAUGAAAUCUUUGGGCUGCCCAACCCCUUCUAUACUCCAGGCCCAGAAGGACUAGAAAGCAGGACUUACCAGGAGAAGCAGCUCCCCCCGCUGCCCAGCACUGUGCCUCCUGAAGCUCGGCUCGUGGUAAAACUGCUGCUGCGCAGAAAUGCAAACAAGCGGCCAAGUGCUAGAGUUGCUGCUAAUUUGCUCCACAUUUGUCAGUGGGGUGGAAAUCUCCAGAAUGUGGACAGAAUGAAGAUGCAGAAGAUUACUGACUGGCUUCUGUGCCGCUCCGCUGCUACACUACUGCAUGCUGGGUACAAUGCUGGAAACAUGGUGGAGGCAGAGCUGCAGAGAAACUUCCUCUCCAAUGUUGACUUGGGAGAGCUGCGAAUGGCCAUGGCUUUUCUGAGCUGCGAAUGGCCAUGGCUUUUCUGCUGUUCGGACAAGAACACAGCAUCAACUGUUAAUCUGUCACUGCCAGGCCAGACGGACUUCAUAGAACAACGAACAGUCUCAAGCAUAUACAGUAUGUCUUGGGUUUUGAUUACUGCAAUUAAAGAGUCAGAGUUCUGUGUAACGAGGGACUUGGUUUGCAUACAUUAGGAUUGAAAAUAUCUUCACAAAUAUUUUAUUUUAAGGGCCAUAGAGACUAAGGGUGUAUUCAUUAAGCUAUACCGGUUAAACAAGUAUAUUCUUGCAGGUAAACUUUAAAUAUAACUAGUGUUAAGUUGGUGUAUGAAUUAUAAAAGUAUUUAAUUCUUGCAAUAACACUACUUAAGAAAUAUUAAAAGCAACUCAAUAAAUGUAACUAUGUUCAACUAGAAAUCCCAUUCAGUGUCUUCAAUGAAAAAGACUUCUAGUCCAAAUGUUUGUCAUUGAAUAUAUUUAGUUUGUUUCAGUGCUUCCUGAUUUUUAGCACUGUUGAGUGUUUUAUAGUUAUGGAUGGAAUAACACAAACAAAGUUACAAAAUUAAAUACAUUGUAUUUUGUUGCUUUGUCUAGAAACUGUCUUUUUGUUUCUAAAUUCUCAAUUAGAUUAUCUACAGGUUCAAGAAAAGAAAUAUCUGGUAUUGCCCCUCAAUCCACUAUCUCUAUUUCGCCGGUAGAGUAUAUGCACUUGUAUAUUUGACAAAGGCUUCUAGAAAUUCUAGUGGAGCAGCACAGCCCAUUAGUGUGAGUCUAGUAGAAAUUCAGCCUGGUCAGUAUAGGACAGUUGAAUCCAGGGCAGGGAACCUCCUGAUAGAGCACUUUACCGUUGUAAAGAGAAAGCAUUGCAAGUUCUCAUCUUAUUUUGCCAUCUGAUCAAUGCAAAUCAUGUCCAGUUCAAAACCGAGCUUUGUUGGAGCUUUUUGGAUACUUUGUAAGUGGUGAUGAUUCAUAUUGAGUGGAGAAGAAACACUCCUCUAAACAGGACCAUAUUGUUGGAGAUCUCGGGUUGUGCCCAACCAUUAUUAGGAAGCCAUGAGUCAUAUCUAGCAUCACAUACAAACAUCAUUUAAAAAUCCAUUAUGGAAGAAAUGUUGAAGAAGCAAAAUGUAAUGAAAAUGAACAUAAGAACAUAAGAAAGUUUACAAACGAGAGGAGGCCAUUCAGCCCAUCUUGCUCGUUUGGUUGUUAGUAGCUUAUUGAUCCCAGAAUCUCAUCAAGCAGCUUCUUGAAGGAUCCCAGGGUGUCAGCUUCAACAACAUUACUGGGGAGUUGGUUCCAGACCCUCACAAUUCUCUGGGUAAAAAAGUGCCUCCUAUUUUCUGUUCUGAAUGCCCCUUUAUCUAAUCUCCAUUUAGGACCCCUGGUCCUAAAUGGAAUGGAAGUUUUCAUGAAACUGAGUAGUAGAGAUAUGAACUAGGGAAUGCAGUUUGUUUGUAUUUUUUUAAAUGGUUGAUCCAUGUAUAGUAACUUGGCUGUUUUUAAAUGUUUUCUCAGAUACUGUAUAACAACACGUGUGCAUAUAAACAUUCAUAAUUAUACUUUCAAGCCUGUAUCUUGUUGGAUACAGUAUUUCCUAGCUUAAUAAAGUGGUUCUCCUAAUGUGUAA